CGGCUUCUGUGCGCGCCUUGCCUUCCCCAGGUCACUCCAGCAGACAUGUUUGCCAAGGCCUUUCGGGUCAAGUCCAACACGGCCAUCAAGGGGUCGGACAGGAGAAAGCUUCGGACUGAUGUGGUGGCUGCUUUCCCGACUCUUGGAACAGAUCAGGUCUCUGCCUUAGUACCUGGAAAGGAAGAGCUCAACGUUGUGAAGUUAUAUGCUCACAGGGGGGAUGUGGUGACUGUGUAUGUGUGUGCUGGUAACCCCAUCCUGUUUGGACUGGAGAAAAAUCUAUACCCAACAGGCCGUGUACACCUGUGGUCCUAUCCUGAUCUCCCAACGUUCACAACAUGGCCUCUGGUGCUCGAAAAACUGAUGGGAGGAGCAGAUUUGUUGCUGCCCGGCCUCGUGGUGCCACUGCUGGUCUGCCUCAGAAAGAAAUGUAAGCAUGAUGAGAUAUCAGUGCUAUGAUGAGGUGAUUAGUCAAUUGACUUUGAGUUCAUCUGGGCAUAUCUGACUAACCAGAAAAGCCCUUAGCAGGAUCCAGAGACAUCCUGAAGAGAGACUGAGGUGUGAGAGGGCCUAUGGAGGAGGUCCCCGGGGAGGGAACUGAGAAGAGCCUGAAAGAGCUCAGAGCCAUCCCCGGCCACGAGCCAGCAAGAGAACGAGACCUCAGUGCUACCAUUGCAAGAAACUGAAUACUGUCAGCAGCCCUGUGAGCUUGAGAGAGGACACCGACCUGCAGAAGAAACACACAGGCGAACCAACACCUCAAUUUCAAUCUUGUGACAAGUUGACCAGAGGACCCAGAUUCCUGACCCAAAGAUAGUCAGUCUCUGCUGUUUUAUGCAGCCAGCUUUGGUAACUUAGGUACCAGUAGAAGCUACUACAUUCGUAGAGAUCAUAAAACAUGAAACUAAAAGAAACUAGAUAUAAGAGAGGUAGAUAGGAUUUUGUGAAUCUUCUGAAGCUUUUAAAGGAAACAUGGGCUUCAUUUUGUGGAUCAUGGAGAUACUUCUGCUUGGUUACAAGGAGGGUUCAGGGGUCAGAUUUCAACUGUGCAAGGUUGUUCUGGCUGCAGUUUAGAGGAUAGAUUUGCGGGAGGUACCACGCUUAUGUACGAGGCUGCUGCUCUGGCCUGGCAGGUACCUGAAGAGAGCUUGGGGAGAGCCGAAGUGGUCAGAGUGAAGUGAAUGCAUUAAACAAAAUUAACAUGUGAGGUGACAGGCAUGGACAUUAUACAGGUGUCGAAGAUGAACAAAAAAUUGCCUAGAAUGAUUCUGAGAUUUCAACUGUGUAUGUCCUGGUGAAUGGUGAGCUAUAACCGUUAAUGGAAACACAUUUGGUAUAGAUUUGACUUGGUGAAUGAGACAAAAUGAUGAAUUAAAUUAUAAGAUACUGUAUUUGGAGUGUCUACAGAAGAAAAUGAAGAUUUAUGAAGAAUAAAUGAUGUCCCAUA